CGAUACACACACACGCACGCGCGCACGGGGAGCACGGAGCACGGGAUUGGUCGGGUAACGGUGUAGCUGGAGCGGUGUUGUCUGGUGUUGUCUGGUGUUUACGUGUUGAUGUGUUUGAUGCGCGGUGUAACGGGGGAAACCGGAGCGGCGGCUCCAUGAGGAAGCUCGGAUAAGAAGAGGAAGAGGACGGGUAACGGACUGAUCUGCGCGUGCAGUGUUUGUUCCGGACUCAGCCAUGGGCUCGAGACUCAGCCGCCAGAGCAGCCUGGACGGUGGUGGAGGAGGCUCGCGCAGGAGAGUGGGGGGAGGAGGAGGGCGGCGGAAACGCGCGGACAGCGACGGGGAGCGCGAGCCCAGCGCCCCGUUCCCGGCCGCCGUGAUGCUGCUGAGGACCGACAGGAUGCGCGCGAGCGCUCAGAGCCCCUACGUGAGACGGGUCGCGUGGAUCCGCGACAUCCAACAGCUGCUGCGCGAGAGGAAGGUGGAGGAGGCCGCGAGCGUGCUGAGACAGCUGAGGAAGGAUCUGGGAUUAGAGGGGACGUCCCUGAAUGACAUUUUGUACAAAAAUGCCGCGUUCCUCAACCUCGUGGAUCCGAUUUCACACGAGCUGCUGCUGAGUCUCGCCCGAGACAUGCAGUGUCCCAAAACGGACUCGGACAUGCUGAAGUCGUCAGAUAAAAUCUGCAGGCAGCUCAUCUAUCACCUGACACCGCACUCGAAGUGGCUGAGACAGAGCAUGAGCCGGAGGAAGGCGCAGGCUUGGCUGAAAACAACUCUUCAGAAGAAGCUCUGUAGCGACUCUGUGGAUCUUUCCGGAAUCCCCCUGUCCACACGGGACAUUAGACACGUGACGUAUUACCUCCAGACCAGCGGGGGCGCCAUCCUAUCCGUGGAUUUGAGCUUUACUGAGCUACGGGAUGAAGGUUUACGAAUCCUGUUGCCUGUUUUGAGCGUUUUGCCCAAACUCACCACAUUGGCGCUGAACGGAAACCGUCUGACUUUGUCCAUCAUGAAGGACCUGACCGAGGCUGUGAAAAAUCCACAGAGUUUCUUGUGUCUGGCCUGGAUCGAUCUCGGGAACAAUGUGGACAUAUUCACCAUGCCUCAGCCCCUCCUGGUGGCGCUGAGGCGGCGCUGUAGCUUAAAGAGCAGUUUGCCCACCAUAUACGAGUACACAGAGGGGCAGCCAUAUUGCUACCGUAUGGAGAGCUCCAUUGAGGAAGCAAGCCUUUAUGAGGAAGACGAAGAAGAGUACGAAGAUGAAGAUGAGAUGGAAGACAAGCUAGAUGUGGAGCAGUGGAGCAUUGUAGAGCAGAAGAGUUCCGGAAGUUUCACCUUGAACUAUUGUGAAAGGUGAAGCUAUCUGUUGACCUUUAGCGUAACCCUUCACUGAGGACGUAGAGCGGAAAUAAGACGAAUUAGAGGAAGACGGAGAGAUGGAGGGACCGAUGCCGCCUCUGUGCACCAAUUGUCGUCGCUCCAUGAGUUUCCCCGUUCCCCAUUGUGGCUUUAUUGUGAUCCAGCACCAUUAAAUUCACACAGGAAGUCAAACGGCGACGAGAAAAACCGACACAGUUCACGCUCGAUUAGCGUAAAAAAAAUCACUCACCGUUUUAGCCGUUGAUGCUCCUUGGCGCUGGUGAGGGGCAGUUCAUUGGUUCUUUGGCAGGACUGUGAGGAGAUUCGGAGACAUCACUUUCUUCUAUACACAAUUAAAAUAAAUAAAUAAACACCAAUAAAAGAUCCAGAAAAUCCAGAAAGAAUGGACCAGCUUAGCUUAAUUAGCUGACUAGCGUCCUCAUGGUGUUUCUGAACAAGGAGUCCAAACGUUUAGCUAUGGUGGAGUACUGAUAUGUGUGUUUAUGUGUGUGUGUGUGUGUGUGUGUGUGUGUGUGUGUGUGUGUGUGUGUGUGGUCAGAUUUGGCACAAACUGUCGCCGCCACACAUUGCCGCUAACAUCACUAAACACCACUGUGUUCUUUGCUAAUCUUCCGACAAAAGCCAUGAGAGCAGCUCAACAAACCUGUCACGUGAGCGCUGACAAAACUGCUACGUCAAGACUUUUUUCCCCUAAAACGUUCGUUUGUAGACGUCUGGUCAUCACACAUCUGCGAAUAAUGAUAAAAAAUAUAUACAAUACUGUGAUGUGUUCCUUUUUAUCGAGGCUUUACUAGCACAAGGUGUAAACUGCUAACAGGCUCUCCAUGCCUGUCUUCAUUAUUAUUGCUAACAAAUAUAAUCUUUAUACUAAUGCAUAUGACUUUUUCAGAUAAACAUAAUACAUCACAUUAGCCUAGAUAGUUCCAUGGCUAAUUUUAGCAUCAGUGUAUAAGGCUCUAGGCUCUACGUUAAUCAUGGCUUGCUAUAUCAUCACUGCUAACAACGUAACAUGCUAGCUUUUAGUCACUUUAAAUCCACAACAAAUCCAGUCUGCCACUUCUUGUUUCUUACUUCUUGAUAACCUUUAAAUAAGGAAUAUAACUGUUAGCAAUCAGCAUCAGCAGAAGGGCUAGCAUGACUAGUGUGACUAGAGCUCCAGUUUUCUCUACUUCCUGUAGCCAUUUCAACCCUUUAAAGAGGUUUUUUGCACAUUUUAGCAAUUUAUUUUAAAGGCUAAUUUUGUUAAUGUCGAUGUGAAACACUCGUACCGUAUUAGUUUGUAUGUAAAGCUUGUAUUUUUCUUCCAAUAUAACACCCCCCACUCCCACACACGCGCACACAGAAUUGUUUAUGAAUAACUGUACUGUAAAUGUUGGUAAAUCUAUAAUAUGUCUGUGGUAUAUAGUGUGUUUUCUUUUCCACUCUGUGUAUAUAUGUGUACUGGUGUAACGUCUUAACGUUGUGUGCGUGUGUGUGUCUGUACUUAGUCGUACUGUGUUAGUGUCAGUCCUGUGGUGUUGAGUCUCAAGUCCUCAUGCAGUUUGAGACACAAUUUGUCCUUUCACAGGACUCAAGCAGCAACGAUGAUAUUUAAUAGUGCGAAAAUAAUUCUGCGUACUUCAAAUAAAACGUCACACAAAUGCAGUUGA